UUAAAAAUUUAAAUUCAAAAUAAAUAUUUGUUACCUUAUGCUCUAAGAUAUUUAUUCUCAAGAUUGUAACUAUAUCUAAUCUAUUCAUGAAUAAUUUACGCAGCAUUCAGCCUUGAAGAUUUUAUAAGGGUAAUCAUCUGAUUAUCUUGCUAUAAUGCUACCAGGAAUAGGAGUGUUUGGUACAGGCCCAGUUGUUAAAGUACUUGUACCAAUUCUUCAAGAGAAUGGAUUCAAAAUAGAAGCAAUUUGGAGCCACAUAAUUCAAGAAGCUCAAGAGGCAGCUAAGGAGUUACAGAUACCGUUUUACACUGAUAAGAUUGAUGAUGUACUACUUCGCAAAGAUGUGGAUCUUAUAUUUGUGCUUUGUGCGCCUAAUCUGCAUACCCAAAUAUCUGUCAAGGCACUCGGAAUAGGAAAACAUAUUGUAUGUGAUAAACCAGCUGGACUGAAUCAAGCUGAUGCUUUAAAAAUGGUGAAAGCAGGACAAUAUUAUCCUUCUUUGAUCUCACUCAUAAACCAUUCCUUUCGAUUCUUACCUGCAUUUACUCAUAUGAGGAAAGCUAUAAUUGAAAAUUAUUUAGGUAGUCCUAUCACACUAAUCGAUGUUAAGAUACAAUGCAGUUCUUUAUUCAAUGAAAAUGAUUCUUUCAAUUGGAAGUGUGAUGAUGUUAUGGGAGGAGGAGCACUGAACCUUAUCGGCAGCCAUGUAGUUGACUUAGUUACUUUCUUAACAAAUCAAAAGGCUUUAAGGGUGCAUGGUAUAGUAAGGACCUUCAUGAAGACUACUGAUACAAUAAAAGGCAUUAGAAAUAUAUCAGCUCCAGAUUUUUGUUGUUUCCAAAUGGAACUCUCCAAUAAUAUCCUUGUCACAGCAACCAUUAACAGUCAUAUAGCUGGCAGUUCUUUUCAUCAGGAAGUUUUAAUAUGUAGCAGUUCUGGUCAUUUAUUAGUGAGGGGUGGGGAUCUAUCUGGUAGAAAAAGUAAGGGCAAUGAAGAAGUUCUUUAUCUUGAUGUUGAAGAUUUGAAUUGUUCAGUACCGAACUUAAAUCUACCAAAACCAUUUAUAAAGGGUAUAUGCAAGAUGGUGUCAGCUCUUCGUGAAGCAUUCCUCCCAGUGAAAGAAAAAGCUGGUUGGAUCAAAGAACCAGUAUCUUCAGCAGCUAAUUUUGAAGAUGGACUUUAUGUUCAAGCUGUCUUGAGUGCAAUAAGGCAAUCUUCUAAGAAUCGAGAAUGGGUUAAAGUUAACAUUAUAACAGAACAACCAGAUGCUAACGCUUUACUCAGUGCAGCUGUUAGAAGAACAGCUAUAUCGAUGAAUUAGUUUUAAGUUUCAAAUGUUGUUGAUUCUAUGUAUGUCUGUUAAUUUGAGUAUUUGGAUUCAAUAAUCAGUUUCACAAUAUUAUUUCAGAUUAUCAUUCAUUUUUGUGAGAAAAAUUUAAAGGAGUAGAUUCUGUGAUAUGUUUUGAUUUUACAGUGAUCUGUUUCACUGCUUUAUUUAUAUUUUUUAGAUAUUUUAACUGCUAGGGUCCUUAGAGUACUGCUAUAUUCAUUAACUUUAGAAAUUGUAAUAGAGUAGUAUCAGUACUCUGUUAUUAUCAGCUGCUGAGGGAUUAUAUGUAACAACAAAAAAUAAAGCAUACAAAUUGCCCAUUGGAUUUGAACUAGAUGUCAGUAGUCGUGGCCAAUCAGAAUCAUAUUCCAGCCAUAUGCAGCAAGAAAAGUCUCCCUAGCAGCUGUUCUGUGAAUCAGCUGAUAUUGCUCUAUUGUAACAUUGUUAUUUUUAUAUUAUGUUCAUGAGGUUGAAAAUGUUUUGAUGAAUGCAAUUCAGAGUGGUAAUUAAUUCUGAUCAAAGGUAAUGACAGGAAAUUCAACCAUGAAAAAAUAUUGAAAUCAAAAAUUUUUUAUUUAAUUUUAUUUUAUAUUCAUAUUUUUAAUUAUGUGAUGUAUUUCAUCUUUUGGGUUGUACUUGAAUUUUUUAAUUUAAAUAUUUAUUUUUCUAUUCAGCAGCUAUUAAUGUUGCAUUAUAUUUUCAUUAAAAAUAAAUUACAA